AUGAAUUUGUAUUAUAAAUGCUCAGAACAUUGUAAUGCAAAUGGGGCUAAUUGUAAAAAUGGUGGUUAUAGACAUCCACGUAAUUGUUCUACCUGUAUUUGCCCUGAUGGUUUUGGAAGUUUUGACUGUACAAGAAGAGCAACUCCAGUAUUUGGUGCUCCUCCUAAUUGUGGGGCAACAAUUAAAGCUCCAAUGGGUAAAAGAAUUCAAAUUCGUGUCAAAUCUGUUUCUGGUGCUUGUUCUGAUGGUUGUUUUUAUGGAGGAACAGAAAUUAAAGCACGCGAUUUUCUUAGAGUUGGAGCUAGAAUCUGUUGCCGUUCAGAUGUUCGUCCAUUGGGUAUUCUCUAUAGCAAUACAGAAUUAGCUAUUAUAAGCGUAUUUAGUCAAUAUAAAAAACAACAUUUUUCUAUUGAAUAUAAAAUUGUUGAUCCAUUAAAUGUCCCUCCAAAUGGUUUUGAUGAUUAUGAUAAUAUUAAUUGGAAAGAUAUUAAAGAAAACAAAAUUGAAGUUAAUAAAGAAGUUGAAAAAAAUAAAACAGAAAAAGUAAUUAAAGUUUGUAGAGAUGUUGCUACUAGAUGCUUUAGGUAAAAGAAAAUUAUUUAA